CAGGGCGGCCACCCGCAGCUGUGCGGCUUCCCGUCCGGAGGCUCCAGCAUGCCCGACGUCUGCUGUCCUCUGCAGUACGGCAGGACCAUGCCGUCGACGCCGCCCCCGCGGCCCGGCCCGCCUGAGGGCCCGCCUGGCCUGUCCUGCGGCGCCUUCAACCGCAGCGUCGCCCUCGAGGACGUCAUCAGCGGUCCGGGCAGCGUGGCCAGAAAGAAGUGCCUGCAGUACCAGCGGCAGAUCUGCUCCGGCGAGGUGAGCAGAGAGGACAGGACCAAAUACGUCGGUUUCGGCGCCUACUUCUCCCCCGCCGACUCGAUGGAGUACCCCCACAUGGCUCUGCUCGGCUACGGCGAGAGGGACGCCGUCGAGUACAGCUGCGGCGGCUCCCUCAUCUCCCCGGACUUCGUCCUCACGGCGGCGCACUGCGUCGCCCUCGGCGCGUCCAGGGUGCGCUGGGUGCUGCUGGGCGCGCUGAACCGCACCGAGUCGCUGGCGGACAAGGGCACGCGGCAGCUGCUGGAGGUGGCCGAGGUGGUGGUGCACCCCGAGUACACGGUGCGGGCGCGCUACCACGACAUCGCCCUGCUGCGCCUGGUCAAGCGUAUCAAAGCUUGA